AUGUUUGCCCGCUCUGCAUUGACUCGUCCCUUCGCUGCUGCCUCCAGGGCAUGCCUCUUUUAUACCACUGAAGCUGCCCCUGCUACACCUCAAUUGCUCCUCCGCAUCAAGGCCGACGUCAAGGAUGCCAUGCGCUCCAGGGAUAAGGAAAGACUCGCCGUCGUCAAGGGAAUCUUGAGCGACCUGACAUACCUCGAAAAAUCCCCCCAAGCACCCGAAAAAGUCACCGAUUCGGUCAUCCAAGUCCUUAUCCAGAAAUCCAUCAAACGCCGUCAAGAGUCCAUCUCCAACUUUGCCGCCGCCGGUCGCGUAGAACAAGCCGCCCAGGAGAACAAGGAGAUUGAGAUGUUGAAGGUUUAUUUGCCCCAGGCCAUGACUGAACAAGAGAUUGAGGAGGAGGUUCGGAGGGUUGUGAAGGAACAGGGGGCUACGGGGGCUAAGGAUAUGGGCAAGGUUAUGAAGGAGUUGGGAGGGUUGGAUCCUGCGCGUGCGCCCAAGAAGACUGUGAGCGAUACUGUUAAGCGUGUGCUUGCCUCGCUUUAA